UCUCUCGGGCGAUGGCAAUGGCGCUGGCGUUUACAUCGGGCUUGAAUCUGGCUCCUGGGAUGGCGAUCGAUUCGUCGCUCGUGAGAGCACGGCAAGGUACUCGUCCGCGGCCGUCUAGAUUCAAAUGUAGGGCUCACGCUGGUAGAAGCAGCAGCGGCAGCACCGGCAAGAGCUACUAUGGCUAUGAUCUGUAUGAGCUCCUUGGCGUCGAGAAUUCCGCGCCACAGCCGGAGAUCAAGAAAGCAUACCGAUGGCUCCAGAAGAAAUGCCAUCCGGAUGUCGCCGGCGAGCUGGGACACGACAUGUCGAUUCUUCUCAAUGAGGCCUACGCCAUUCUCUCCGAUCCGACCAGCCGUGGUUCAUACGACGCUGUAAGAUUUUCUUUCUUCUUUUCUUUUCUGGAAGACAUGAGUUUCUCUUCUUUGUUUUCACAGGUCCGUGCUGAAUGGAUUCAGUUCGAAGGAUUCACGGGCGAGCCGCUCUAUUCCAGAUGGAUGGGACCAGCAAGCGAAGAAAAGGCCGUUUUUGUGGACGAAGUACGCUGCAUUGGCUGCUUGAAGUGUGCUCUCAUUGCGUCCAACACUUUUGCUGUUGAGAAACGCUAUGGUCGAGCUCGGGCAGUUUCACAGUGGGGUGAUUCGAAGCCAGUUAUCGACGAUGCUAUCCGAGCUUGUCCCGUGGAUUGCAUUUCGUGGGUGGAUAGAGGGAAACUAGCAGCUCUCGAGUAUCUCAUGGCUAAACAGCCUCGCUAUACGGUAAACAUAGAGCCUGAAAACAGCCCCGGCGAGCGUGCAAUCGACGUUUUCAAGAGCGCAGAAAAGUUCUUGAAGAAAAAUGCAGAGUUUCAAUCUGAAAAGGAAAACCCUGCACAGAAAUACAGAACGGCUGCUACUGAUGCUAUACAAGCCCGAGCUGGAAGGUGGUGGCAUUUUUUUGUUGGGAAAAGCUACUCCUCAUCGGACGACUUCGAUCAUGCGAGAUCCUCGCAGGGAGCAAUCGUUCCGCUCAGCUGGUUCGCUAAGGAUGUGUAUAAUCAAGCCUUCAGGGGAUCACUGUUCGCACAAGGCAAGAUGAAAGCUUUGUACGAAGCCGUCACUCAACAACGGGAAUCUUCCUAUGCUCAAGCUGAGGAGUACUGGGAACCUCUCAGUAACGUAACUACCCCCAUUGAGAACUCGUCAUCAACGUCUACAACGCCUGCCACCCGUGUUGACGCGGCCACUAAAACACCACCUCGGAUCCACCGACCAUCGGAAAAGCAGCAAAAGCUUUUUAUGAUGAGACAAGCUGUUCCAGUGGCGGUCUCUUUGGCUGCGGCUCUGGUUGUCCAGUUUCAAACGGUAUCCAGCUCCCAGAUAUCUCAAGCUGCGGCCAGUUCAGGAGCGGCACACUCAGAUCGGUUCAGCUCAGUGCUCCAGGACCUCGCCUCGACUCCAGGCAUGCAGCCACUUCUUGCUGGCAUCGUCUGGUACGUGUUAACUUCCGUAGCCUGCAGCUGUGUAGCUCUAUUCGUCGACGACUCUCAAACGUAACAGCAGCUCUUGGCUCGAGAGCAAAGUUUCCAUUGCUCUUUGGUACGCAUGACUUAACUAAGGAUCCAGCUCAAGAACACGCUCGGCAGCAGCUUUAGCUCGUGUCAAGUCGUUGUGAACUCGACAAGCGUCCAGCAUCAUCAUCCAGGCCAUGACAUCUGGCUCCGUCAUUCUCCU